GGGUGACAGCCCUAGCGGGCGAAUAAUUGGUAUGAAGGACCACACUCGACCUGGUCACACUGCUCUGCAAUGUUCUCAGCAGCAGAUUUGAGAAAAAGUGGAAAAAUAACAAAACAAACGUGCAAAAAACGGUGAAAAACGCGACGCGCAAUUGCAGAACGAGUGCACGACCAGCGGGCGAUUAAAACGGCGUGCGCGAAAAAGCGGAAAAAGCUCGGAACAAAACGAAAAAAGUGAAGAGCCAUCAUCACAGCGACGAAGAUGAGCGAAGAAGAAGAAGCGAGGCAGCAGCAGCAGCAAUAAUAAGUUGUUCUCUGUGCGAGUGAGAGAGUGCAGCAGAGCAAAAUAGGGGCAUAAAAAACGCAAAAUAAACGAAAAUAAGAAUCCGAGAUUGCUGCGAAGUGAGUGUGCACAACGGUAAAAUCCCGUUGCCCGCACAAAUCUACCGCCCCGCGUGCCUGUGUGUGUGUCGGUGUAUCGGUGUCGCUGUCCGUGCUGUGUGUUGGUGAGAUUUCCCAUUAGUGUGCGAAAAACAAAAGCCAAAAAAUCGGAGGAAAGAAUAUAUAGAAAUCAAGGAAAUGCAAUAUAGAAUCAGCCGCCGCCGCCGUUGCUGCGUGCUGUAAUCCCAAUUGGACUCCCAAUUGGAGGCACACUCUUCCGCCUGUAUGUGUGCGUGCGUGUGUCUAUGUGAAAAGAGGUCAAAGGCGCAACAAAAGUUUUUCACUUUUCAUGCGGUAACCAAAAAAAAAGCGCAAAUAAAAAAAGUGCCAACCAGCUGAGAGCGCAAAAUACAAAAAAAAACAACGUCGCAGUUUUGCGUUAAAACAAUAAACCAAGUAUCCAAGUGUGCGUGCGCGUGCGGUUGUGUGUGUGUGUAAGAGCGAGGCGAAAUAACGCAAAAAAAAACAAUCAGUUGUUAAAAUAAUCCCUCAACAAACCGAUUUUCGGAUUUAACAGCUCUCGGCUCGCAAACAACUCAAAAUCAAAUCUGGUUUUAUCAGGCGACGCAAAACAAAAAAAACGCAAAAGGCCAUAACAAUAACAACAAAAAAAGCGCCAAAAAUUAAAUUCUUCUAUAUGAGAUUUUAAUCAAGCAAGAAUCCAAUUUGCAUAGCACAAGAGCGACAGAGAGAGCACGAGAUCCAAUUGGAGUUAGCGGCGAACGAGAGAGAAUACUAUUCCAAUCCGCCACAAUGGCCAAUCCGCGGAAGUUCAGCGAGAAGAUUGCGCUGCAGAAGCAAAAGCAGGCGGAGGGAACGGCGGAGUUUGAGCGGAUUAUGAAGGAGGUGUAUGCCACGAAGAGGGACGAUCCGCCGGCCAAUCAAAAGAUUCUGGAGUGCCUGGGCGGUGGUCAGGAGGUGAGCCAAUCCUCGCCAGGAUCUGGCAAUGGGACUGGAGGCGGUGGCGGCAGUGGUUCGGGCAGUGGAGCCAGCGGCGGUGGAGCCUCGCCAGAUGGCUUGGCAGGCGGUGGUGGAGGUUCCCCGACGGCGUAUCGCGAGUCGCGGGGACGUAGCGUGGGCGUCGGACCCAUGCGGAGACCCUCGGAGCGCAAGCAGGAUCGCUCGCCCUACGGCAGCAGCAGCAGCACGCAACAAACCCUUGACAAUGGCCAACUGAAUCCGCACCUUCUAGGUCCACCCACUUCGGACAAUUUGUGGCGGCGCUCCAGCUCUGAUUCCGCGCUACACCAGACCGCGUUAGGAGCGGGCUUCGAUACCAACGUUAAUUCUAUGUACCAGCAGCAGCAGCAUCAUCAGCAGCAGCAGCAACAACAACAGCCAGGCCAGACCAGAUCUCACUCGCCGCACCAUGGGAUUAACAGGACCAUGAGUCCGCAGGCGCAGCGCAGAAAGUCACCGGCUCUGCAACACCCACAGUUGCAACUGCAGCAGCUUCAGCAGCAACAGAUGCAACAGCAGCACCAACUGCACCAGCAACUUCAAAUGCAGCAGCUGCAACAGCAGCAACACCAGCAACAGCAGCAACAGCAGCAGCAGCAACAGAACACGCCAUACAACAACGCCAAAUUCACGAACCCUGUGUUCCGGCCGCUUCAGGAACAGGCCAAUUUUGCCAACACCGGCUCCCUGCCCGAUCUCACGGCUCUGCAGAACUAUGCCCCCCAGCAGCAACAGCAAAUCCAGCAGCAGCAGCAGUUGCAGCAAGCCCUGUCGCCCGUCAUGUCACCGCACAAUCACCGACGCGAGCGGGAUCAGUCGCCCAGUCCGUUUAGUCCGGCGAGUGGAGGGGGAGGAGCGGGCCCCGGUUCACCUUAUCAGCAGCAGCAGCACUCGCCCACCGGCAACACGCAACAACAGCAGCAACAACAACAACAACAACCAAGCAGCUCGCCGCACCUGUCUUUUACCAAUCUGGCCACGACGCAGGCAACUGUCGCCACGUUUAACCCGCUGCCAACGCUGGGACCGCACAAUGCCACCGACUAUCGCCAGCCACCGAAUCCGCCUAGUCCACGCUCUUCUCCGGGUCUGCUGAGCAGUGUUUCGGCCACGGAUCUGCACUCGAGCGCUCCGGCCAGUCCAAUACGCCAACAGCAACAGGCCCAACAGCAGCAACAACAACAGCAGCAGCAGCAGCAGGCACACCAGCAACAGCAACAGUUUGAUAACUCCUACAACAGUCUGAAUACCUCGUUUCAUAAUCAGUUUGAGAUCUUCUCGCUGGGCGACAGUAAUUCCUCACCGGAGCAGCAAGGUUUCGCCAAUAACUUUGUGGCCCUGGACUUUGACGAUCUGAGCGGGGGUGGAGGAGGUGGUUCGGGCGGUGGCGGCGGCGGGGGCGUUGGAAGCAAUGGAGGAGGCCUGACCAACGGCUACAACAAGCAGGAGAUGUUGGACUUUAGUGAGCUGAGCGGCAGUCCGGAGGCGAGUGGGAACAACAACCAUAUGCGACGGGGAGUGAGCAACCUGAACAACAACGGGUUAAGCAACGGUGUGGGACCCACGCACAAUGGCAGCACAAAUCUAAAUGGAGCGGGGAACAACAAUAGCAGUAGUGGAGGUGGUUCGACGCAGGAUCCUUUGGGCAUAACCGCUUCCCCUGUACCAUCGCCCCUAGGCUGUCCCAGUUCACCACUACCGAUACCCAUGUCGGCGCAGACUUCGCCACAGCAGCAACACAACCACCACCACCACCACCAACAUCAACAGCAGCAACAGCAUCAUCAGCAGCAACACCAUCAGCAGCAGCAACUAUCGCUAUCUUUGCACCAUUCGCCACAUCAUUCGCCCAUGCAUUCGCCACACCAUGGGAAUUCACCGCUGUCGAGCAGCUCACCAGUGAGUCACAAUGCCUGCUCCAACUCCAAUGUGGUGAUGAACCACCACCAGCAGCAGCAGCAACAUCACCACCAGCAGCAACACCACCUUCAGGGAUCCUCGCAAAGUCACACGCCGACCACAGCGAAUAUUCCCUCGAUCAUCUUCAGUGAUUACUCCUCCAAUGCGGAUUUCUCGAGAGAGAUAUUCGACACACUCGAUCUGGAUCUGGGCCAGAUGGACGUGGCCGGGCUGCAGAUGCUCUCCGACCAGAAUCCCAUCAUGAUCGCCGAUCCCAAUAUCGAGGACAGUUUUCGGCGCGACCUCAACUGAUACUAUGAGGAGGCUGUUGCGGCCAUCGAGAGCGGAGUGCUGCUGGAGGAAGACUACCAGGCGCUGCUGGGAUCGGAGGCGCUGGCAGAUGACCAGGUGGCCACAAUGGAGGCUGCCGCAGCAGCAGCAGCAGUAGAGACAGUUGAAGAGGCAGCCACAGUUAGCGACAAGGACAAAAAGGAGCUGGAAGUGGUAGAGCUUUUGGUGUCUGGAGUGAUGGAUGACCUGGUGGACUCCAGUGACUUGGACGAAGAGGUGCGCAACUUCUUCUUCUAGACUGCAAGCCUUCCAUCGAUUUUGUCAUCAUCAUAACGGUUGGGACUUUCAGUUUCAACAGAUAUAAUAGGAAGUGAAUUAAGUUUUUUAAACACAUCUACUAAAAAAUUCGAGAUUAAAUGCCAUAUUACUUAAGCUUAUGAUUCACAAGCUUAAUGUGAAGUAAAUUAAAUUCGGAAACGCUGUCACGGGUUAUUGUUAUGUUUAUAAAAGUCACUUCCGCAUAUUCAUUCUGAAACUGAAAGUUUUUUAACUGGCCUCAAUAUUGUUAUCUCGUCAUCGUCCGUGCUUUCGUAGCUAGCUCUUUAAAAAAAAUUAAAAAAAAAUGAAUUGACUCGUUAACCCAUAAGUGUACUUGAGUGUCUUUUUACACCCUAUUUCCUGAAAAAUACCUAGCACCCCUGAAAAAGCGAAACAUAUUUACAGCGAGUCUCAGAUUUUACUUAAUUACGCACAUAAGUCACUAUACAAUUUACACACUUAAGCUCUUAUUUCUGUAUAUAAUACAAAACCUGAAGGGAAGAAAGCGAAAAGGAUUAAAACCAAAAAGUGUCUUAGACCAACGACCAAAAUUAUAUUCUUUAUACGAAAAUGAAGAAAACUGGGAAGAGGACGGAUUUAGAAGAGCCCCUCUAAGCAAAUUAAUUCCGGAUAUGCCAUCCACCCCGUUUCCAUUCGUUUGUUUGAUCCAGAAAAACAGCUAGCUAAAUACGCAUCUACGUGCAUCUGUAAAGCCCUUCCUAAAUUACAAUCCAAAUGUGCCGUCGAAGCAAUUAUUAGAUUUUAAGAUGCCGAUAUCGAAACCGAUCCCCUCAAUGCUGUAAAGUCUUCAGAGUGUCCCCCCGCGAACCCUUUUCGAAUACAAAACGAUAGAUAGGUGUAUAUUCGAGAACCUUCUUCAUAAACUCAGUAUCACAAACUAAACGAGUAUAUAACCAUACAGACAAACGCAUAUAGGUAUAUAGCUGAAUAUAUCUACUGAUAUAUAGUUGAUAGUCCAGGCACAAGUGUAGUUCACAAUUGGAAUCCAGUUCCAGUGUCCUGCUCCGACAAAUUUUACGAAACCAACAAGAAUCAAAAGCGAACUCAAAACCACUAAAGAAAACUUAAAGGAAUUUUUUACGAGUCUUUAACAAAUAGUAGAUAGGAUUUUCCAUUAAACGUUUUCCGUUUUCCGAACACUAAUUAUCGAGCAUGGAACUACGACUACUACCAUAAAUACCCAAACCUACUUAAAUCCGUUGUUUUUUCAAGUCAUUUUUAUUACGAAAGUAAACAAAUAUUUAAGAAUCAAAUCAAAGAAAGCUUUAUGGCCAGUAACCAACAAUAAGAAGAAUGGAAUAGCUAGAAUAAGGCGAUUCUAAACCCUGCAUAAUAUAUACUGUUUAUAAAUAAUAAGACCCCCUUAAAACACACACAUAAAUCAUUGAGUCUAAAUUACUUAAUAAAUGUAACAAAAACUUAAAAACGGGAGAAAAAAAAACAAACAAAAUAAAUAGCGUCAAAAGUGCAAAAGAAAAUGUUUUAUUUAAUUCGAGUACCAGAACUUCUUAUAAAAUUACAUAAUAAUGGUUAAUAUUAGUAACAUGCUAAUAUAUCCCCAACAAAACGAUUUCCUUUUUCUAAUUAUUGAUGUUAAAUUCUAGUUAUAAACUAAAAUUAAAUGAGACGAGAUACGUGAAAAACUUUACAAGCGACACACAAAAAGCGAAGCAAAAUAAAAAAUACAUAUAUAAAUGUAAUUUAAUAAUGUAAUUUAUGUGGGAAACGCGCAAAUAUAUAUAUAUACUUAUAUAUAUAUAAAUAGAUUGAUAACAUUUGUCUCUGCUGUUUUGUGCUAAAAUAUACACGUAAAUAAAAAUAAAAUCUUGAAGAAUUAUAAUAAUACUAGAUAAGUGAGAGAGGAAUGCUAAUUAUAAAUUAUACUAUUAUUAUUAUACGAUAUGUACUAAGUAAUUGUGUAUGUAAUAUAUAAUUACAUUUAUAAAAUUAACGGUACAUCAACAACAGCAACCCGCAAAACCGAGGAGAAUAAGCCAUAAGAUUAUAUUCAAUGUAAUAACACAGUUAUUUGUUUCAAAUAAAUCUUAAAUUUGAUUUUAAAGUCCAGUAAACAA